GAUAGGUGAAGCCCUGGUAGGGCAUUAGGAAGUUGCCUCUUGACCCUGACCUUGUGUCCUUCCCUUCCAGGCACCGCAGCCUGAGUGACCAGACCAUGGAGACCCUGCUUGGUGGCCUGCUGGCGUUUGGCAUGGCGUUUGCCGUGGUCGACGCCUGCCCCAAGUACUGCGUCUGCCAGAACCUGUCUGAGUCACUGGGGACCCUCUGCCCUUCCAAGGGGCUGCUCUUCGUGCCUCCUGACAUUGACCGGCGGACGGUGGAGCUGCGUCUGGGUGGCAACUUCAUCAUCCACAUCGGCCGCCAGGACUUCGCCAACAUGACGGGGCUGGUGGACCUGACCCUGUCAAGGAACACUAUCAGCCACAUCCAGCCCUUCUCCUUCCUGGACCUCGAGAGCCUCCGCUCCCUACACCUCGACAGCAACCGGCUGCCCAGCCUUGGGGAGGACACCCUGCGGGGCCUGGUCAACCUGCAGCACCUCAUCGUGAACAACAACCAGCUGGGUGGCAUUGCCGACGAGGCCUUCGAGGACUUCCUGCUCACACUGGAAGACCUGGACCUCUCCUACAACAACCUCCAUGGCCUGCCCUGGGGCUCCGUGCGGCGCAUGGUCAACCUCCACCAGCUGAGCCUGGACCACAACCUGCUGGACCACAUCGCUGAGGGCACCUUUGCCGACCUGCAGAAGCUGGCUCGCCUCGACCUCACCUCCAACCGGCUGCAGAAGCUGCCCCCAGACCCCAUCUUUGCCCGCUCCCAGGCCUCCACCUUGGCCGCCACACCCUUUGCUCCACCCUUGUCCUUCAGUUUUGGGGGAAACCCGCUGCACUGCAAUUGCGAGCUGCUCUGGCUGAGGAGGCUGGAACGGGACGAUGACCUGGAGACCUGCGGCUCCCCGGGGGGCCUCAAGGGCCGCUACUUCUGGCAUGUGCGCGAGGAGGAGUUUGUGUGUGAGCCACCUCUCAUCACCCAGCACACACACAAGCUGCUGGUUCUGGAGGGCCAAGCAGCCACGCUCAAGUGCAAGGCCAUUGGGGACCCCAGCCCCCUCAUCCACUGGGUUGCCCCCGAUGACCGCCUGGUGGGGAACUCCUCAAGGACCGCCGUGUAUGACAAUGGCACCCUGGACAUCUUUAUCACCACGUCUCAGGACAGCGGCGCCUUCACCUGCAUCGCAGCCAACGCUGCUGGGGAGGCCACAGCCAUGGUAGAGGUCUCCAUCGUCCAGCUGCCACACCUCAGCAACAGCACCAGCCGUACCGCUCCCCCCAAGUCCCGCCUCUCGGACAUCACCGGCUCCAGCAAGACCAGCCGGGGAGGUGGAGGCAGUGGGGGUGGGGAGCCUCCCAAAAGCCCCCCGGAACGUGCUGUGCUUGUGUCCGAUGUGACGACCACCUCGGCCCUGGUCAAGUGGUCAGUCAGCAAGUCAGCGCCCCGCGUGAAGAUGUACCAGCUCCAGUACAAUUGCUCCGACGAUGAGGUACUGAUCUACAGGAUGAUCCCAGCCUCCAACAAGGCCUUCCUGGUCAACAACCUGGUGUCAGGAACCGGCUACGACCUCUGUGUGCUGGCCAUGUGGGACGACACAGCCACGACCCUCACGGCCACCAACAUCGUGGGCUGCGCCCAGUUCUUCACCAAGGCUGACUACCCACAGUGCCAGUCGGUGCACAGCCAGAUCCUGGGCGGCACAAUGAUCCUGGUCAUCGGUGGCAUCAUCGUGGCUACACUACUGGUCUUCAUCGUCAUCCUCAUGGUGCGGUACAAGGUCUGCAACCAGGAGGCCCCGGGCAAGCUGGCAGCUGCUGCUGUCAGCAAUGUGCACUCACAAACCAACGGAGCCCCACCACCUGCUCUGGCUGGCGUGCCCGGCGGGGCCCCCACGCAGGGUCCACCCAAGGUGGUGGUACGCAAUGAACUUGUGCAGUUCAGUGCCAGCCUGGCCCGGGGCAGCGACUCCUCUUCCUCCAGCUCCCUGGGCAGUGGGGAAGCCGCAGGGCUGGGACGGGGCCCCUGGAGACUCCCACCCCCUGCCCCCCGCCCCAAGCCUAACCUUGACCGCCUGAUGGGGGCCUUUGCCUCCCUGGACCUCAAAAGUCAGAGAAAGGAGGAGCUGCUGGACUCCAGGACUCCAGGCGGGAGAGGGUCUGGGACAUCGGCCAGGGGCCACCACUCGGACCGAGAGCCACUGCUGGGGCCUCCUGCAGCCCGGGCCAGGAGCCUGCUCCCCUUGCCCCUGGAGGGCAAGGCCAAGCGCAGCCAUUCCUUCGACAUGGGGGACUUUGCUGCUGCAGCUGCGGCAGCUGGCGGGGUCGCCCCCGGUGGCUACAGCCCGCCUCGGAGGGUCUCGAACAUCUGGACAAAGCGCAGCCUCUCUGUCAAUGGCAUGCUCUUGCCCUUUGAGGAGAGUGACUUGGUGGGGGCCCGGGGGACUUUUGGCAGCUCCGAGUGGGUGAUGGAGAGCACGGUGUAG